AUGAUGUCUUCAGUUUCACCCCAUACAAGCGAAACCAAACAUGGGAAUGGUCUUGGUAUAUCGACAUUCAAUUCAAAGAUUGCAAUGAUUGUCCUCGGUGUUGUUUGCCUCGUUGUUUUCAUCGCAUUCUGCACAUUUCUUGGUUUAUACAUUAAAGAAAGCCGCACUAGCAUCGACACAGAUGCAAUACGACAGUCAGGUUAUAACGCAGGUCAUUCUGAUGCCGGGAUAGUGUAUUGCGCAGGAGCCUCUUCACCAACGUCAUGCUACAGAUGUUUCGUCCACACGACUGAGUCUGACUGUAAUACAAGUACCGACAGCUGUGCUUGGGUGCCGGCUGCCACGAGUUCUGCAUUUUAUUGUUCGUUUAUCCCAAUCUUAAUCUUAUAAUACUUAUGGACUUUAUUUCUUCGAAUCCUUCUACCAGUCAUUGUGUUAUAGCUCUAACUAUUAUGUUUAUUACUUGCAUUGAUUUGUAUAUUCAUUUUUUGGAUUAGUAUUUUUGCUUCAUACAUGUAAAACGAACUGA